AUUAAGGGCCGAACUAAAAACCCUAACCCUUGCUGAAGACCAGAUUACGGCCGACGAACCCGGAAGAGAGGAGGCGCGGCCAUGGCGGGCGGCAAGAUCGAGAAGAAGCGGCAUCAGCAGGCGCCGCAGCAGCAGAGGUGGGGCGGCGGCGUCCCCUUCGAGAAAUCGAAGGGCCAGCAUAUCCUGAAGAACCCCAAGCUGGUCGAGACCAUCGUCCAGAAGUCCGGCAUCAAACCCACCGACGUCGUCCUUGAGAUCGGCCCUGGUACCGGGAAUCUCACCAAGAAGCUCCUCGAGGUUGCCAAGUCCGUCGUCGCCGUCGAGCUCGACCCUCGCAUGGUCCUCGAACUCAACCGCCGGUUCCAGGGUACCCCUCACUCCAGCCGCCUCAAGGUAAUUCAAGGAGAUGUCCUAAAGUGUGAGCUUCCGUACUUUGAUAUUUGUGUGGCGAAUAUCCCUUAUCAGAUUUCAUCCCCUCUAACGUUCAAGCUGCUAGCCCAUCAUCCAGCCUUCAGAUGUGCCGUCAUAAUGUUCCAACGUGAGUUUGCUAUGAGAUUGGUUGCAAAUCCCGGUGAUAAUCUCUACUGUCGACUCUCUGUGAACACUCAGCUCCUUGCACGUGUCUCCCACCUCCUCAAAGUUGGCCGGAACAAUUUUAGGCCCCCGCCAAAAGUCGACUCCUCUGUUGUGCGCAUAGAACCUAGGCGACCACUUCCGCCUGUUAGUUUCAAGGAGUGGGAUGGACUCAUGCGCCUUUGUUUUAAUCGGAAAAACAAGACCCUGGGAUCGAUAUUUAGACAGAAAAGUGUUCUUUCAUUGCUGGAAAAGAAUUACAAGACAUUGCAGGCUUUGCAACUUACCCGGAAGGAACAAAUGGAGGAGGAUAAGGUGUCUUCAGAAGAUGUAGCAGUUUUGGCCAAUAUGGUUGAAGACCUUGGCAUGGGUAAUAAUAGUGAUGAGAAGGAUGAUGAAGAAAUGGAGGUAGAAGACACGGAUAUGGUGGGGGAAGUGAGCGAGGGCUCCAGUUUUAAAGACAAAGUGUUGGGGGUCUUGAGGCAAGGGGAUUUUGCGGAAAAGAGGGCAGCCAAGCUGACACAGGUAGAUUUCUUGUGUCUGCUGUCUCUGUUCAACAAAGAAGGGAUUCAUUUCUCUUGACUGAUUAUGAGGACGAUUUUCUUAUGGCUGUAAUUUUUCUUCCUACUUAAAACAGUUUUUGUGUAAGUGGAUGUUUUGGAUAAGUUUGUCCUUCCCAGGGAGAUAGAUUGUUCCCUCAUUUCUUUAUUGCACAUUUGCUUAUUUCUGUAUUUGGUUAACUGCAUAAAAAUACAAGAAUAUUUUGCCUCCUGA